ACAUUUGAUACAUGCUAACAUUAUAGAUCGGGUUGGAGAACUGGAGCACAUGCUACGUGCUAAUGCUAAUAUCUCCCGAUUGACAGAUUGAAUAAACGGAGAGCCUCCAAACCCAGACUGGUGAUUUUUAGGUUUGUCUUAUCAACACACAACGCAGAAGUUCACCGGUCACACAAGCCCAUCACUGUCUUCCUCUGUUAACCAUAUUUAUUUCUUUGAAGCUCAGAUUUGAGUAUUUAUUAAAAUCGGUUCCUAAUUAGUUCCCUGAGUUUAUGAGUUCAGCAUCUUUAUCGGAGGAGAAGAACGAGACAAAGACGAGAAUGAAAAGGCCGCAUACUACGGAGUCCUCAAGGGGACAUGGGGGAACAUUUUGUUUUGCGUUCCCUCGCAAUAUGCUUACUGCAAUAUUUGCUGGUCUAUUUUGUAUACAGUCACUAAUGUCAAUUUAACAUUUCAAAUAUAUACAUAUUUAAAGAACCUAAAUGGUGGCAGAGCGCCGCACUGGGUUAACUGGGGGAAUCUCAUCUGUCCGUGUGUCAAUCAUCUCCAGGCCACGAUUAUCGAUUUAUUCCAUUUUGAUUAUCAUGCUUCAAACUUUACAAGGACUGACCAGGACAAACUGCACAAGUGCCGCUUCCUCAUACACACGACGCCGGUCACCUUCCCAUUCAUACCUGGUGACGUCACGCCCACAUCGACACGCCCACCACCCAAGUGUCCUGUCAAAUCAAUAAUUACUUAUUUCAUUCAUAUGGCUCUUACAGAGCCUCGGUGGAAACGAGUUUAUUAUUAUUAAUUCUUUGGUGCAAAAACUGAUUGAAACUCGAUUUAUUCACUGCAUGUUUAUGUCUGUUAAGGAGGUUGAGAUGAAACUGCACAGGAGAUAACCCGCGAUAAUAACUCAGAAAUAGUUCAAAUAGUUUGGAUGUAUUUUUAUUGCUUUCCUUCUCACGGAAAGUUUCUGUAUAUAUCAUAGAGUUGUGGUGCAUUUCUAUACUAAAGAAAAAGAUAGAAAACUUCAGAUAUUCCACAACCAGAUAUGAAAAACCUUACAUAACCUUGCAUUAAGGCAGAAAGUACGGCGGCCCGUAAGAAAGGCUUACAGGAUUCAGUUAUGCCGCAUGAACUGAUCAGUACAUUAAUGCGAGAGAACGCAAAAGAUAAAAAAUCCCCAUGGCCCCUACAGGCCUCCGUAGUAGGUAGUAUAUAGUUGCGUAAAAGCUGUUUUUCCCGGGCUUUUUAAAUUGGAAACCUGCAGAUUGCGUUUUUUCCUGACAGUCCCUGAAGGUAUUAUUCUGACCGUUAGAAACGUUGAUGUUUCCAGGACAUUAAACGGUUUUAGGUUAGUUUUCGGUCCAACUGGUCGUAUAGUGACCGAGACAGAAGAAACAUGGAAGGUACCGACGACGAGCGGUUAGAACCGAUCCGGAUGUUGGUCCAACGGAGCUUCAGGCUGGACCCGGACAAAUGGCGGGAGUUUGUGUCGGAGAUCAGCAACAAGACGGCUCUGACCAGGUUCAUGAGCAGCCCGGAUCAUCAGCUGUUCUUCCACCUGCAGCCGGACUCCGGGCUCCAGGCCAGCCUCGGCCUCCCCUCGGCAGCCCAGGCCAAGGUUGUGUGCGUGUCCCGGGCGGCGCAGGAAGGCUCUGGGAAAGCCUUCAGGAUCCAGGAAUUUAGCGGAGGAAAGGCUCUGAGCGGCCUGAUAGGCCUCAGCGAAGAGGUGUCCUGCCCCCUCCUCAGCAGGGCGGCGGACCGGAGCAGGUGGGCGGUGGGCGUGGCCCAGGACGCCAUGAAGCUGAUGGAGAAGCAGAAGAACGCCGCUCAGGUGGUGGAGGCUAAGGUGGAGGGACUCACCUUCCUUCCUCCACCCGACGCGCUCUGUAACCAGGACGACCUCGACCGCUUCCUCGCACGCUGUAGCCCUGAUCGAGGCGGUGGUUGCCAUGACAACGACAACAGCAACACCAAUGGGCUGGUUCAGGACCCUUCUCUGAAAAAGCUCAGCCUCACUGGCAGCAAUAACUCCGAUCACAGUCACCAUGACGAUUCUGUCGAGGACCGUAGCAGUCUCCAUGACAACAGUUGCCAUGUGAACCAAAAUGAACAGAAGCUGGCGGUGGCCCGCCUGCUCCAUGCCUGUGAGGAGACGGUGGUGGAGUGGGUGGAGCUAGUGUCAGACUUUCUCCAGCAGGACUGGUCUGGACUGAUUCUGGACCGGCAGAAACCUGUCCCUUCAGAGGAGUUUUCCUUCUGGAAGAACCGUCUGAAGAACUUGCUCUUCAUCCAGGAACAGCUGCUGAGCGCCAAAGCCCAGCAGGUGGGCUCCAUCCUGAAGGCUGAAGACAGCAUCUACUGGGCCGCUCUGCAGGACCUCCAGAGACACGUCCAGGAAGGUGUCCGGGAAGCCGAAGACAUCACGCUGCACCUGACCCCGGUCCAGCAGAAGCUCAGCGAGGUUCUGGAGAUGGACUUCCAUCAGCUGAAGGACAACGUGGCAGCAGUGAUGGACGCGGUGGGCCUGCUGUGGACCCGCUCUGAGUUCUACUGCCGGCCCAGAAGGACCGUGGUUCUGCUGCAGGAGAUCUGCAACCUCUACAUCCAGCUGAGCAGGGGCUUCCUCCCUGGACAGGAAGUGAUCGGGGUUCUGGUGUCAGAACCCGGCCCGGUUCUCCAGGACAUCCAGCUGGUGAUCCAGACCCUUCAGGCUCUCAAGUCCGCCUUUUGUGAGCAGCAGACCCAACUGGAGCUCAAGAAUCAGAACCAGGCCACGCCCACUCCCAGCUGGACCUUCCCAUCUCACCUGGUCUUCUUCCACCUGGACACCUUCCUGAACCGCCUGCUCAGCAUCCAGGAAGUGCACUUGGUCACGGCGCGGUUCUACCGGCUGGACCAGGCGGUUCUGACCGGCGCCAGCGGCACCUUGCUGACCGUCGGCAUCCAGCAGGUGUACCAGGACUUCCUGGUCCAGGUGAGGCUGCUGUCGGCCUGCAGCUGCGACCCCACCGACCCAGAGGACCAGACCUUUGAGCUGGAGCUGGACCGGUUCUGGGAGCAGGUUCUGGACCUGGAGACCCGGCUGGUGUCGGUUCUGAGCAAGGCCCUGGAGGACUGCAGCGAGGUGGCGUCCGCUGCCAAGGUGGUGAAGAUGUUCUGGUUCUUCCUGGACCGGCCCCAGGUCCAGGACCAGCUGCCUCCCUGCCUGGCCCGGCUGGAGGAUCAGGUUCUGGCGGACCUGGACCGGACCGAGCUGGAGUUCUACAGCCAGAAGGAAAAACCCGAGCGGUGGUUCCGGUUUUGCCCGGCCGGCACCGCCCGGCUCUGCUGGAACCGCCAGCUGCGGCGCCGAGCCCAGGAGACCCUGAGGAGCUUCAGAACCAUCCAGAACCUGUGUGGGGACGUGGCCUUGGCGCCGGCGCUGCUGCAGAGGGCGGAGCAGGUGAUGGAGCUGCUGCAGGACUUCAGAACCAACACCAGGUCUGAUUGGAGCGCCAGGCUGGAGGAGGACUGCGGUUCCGUCCUGAACCAGAAGCUGGUCCAGAUCGACCCGCCGACCCACCUGGAGGUGGCCGGCAGGAAGCAGCUGGAGGCGGUGCUGCAGCAACUGCGCUACGUGAGCAGAGAGGGCGGCGUGGCGCUUCGCCCCGACGCAGACCGCCUCCUGCUGGCCAGAGACGACAUCACGCACACCUUCCUCCUGCUGGACCAGACCGUGUCCUGCUACAACCAGGUUCCUGCUGCUGCGCCUCCUGCACACACAGGAGGAGACGCGUCAUGUGACGCUCCGUUCUUCUUUCAGGUGGUGGGCGGGGCCAUGGAGGCGGAGCUUCCUCUGAUCCAGGAGCAGCUGCAGCUUCUGAAUGACACUCUGAGUGAACUGCAGAGCAAGACCUGGAUCUGUAAAGAUGUGCAGCAGCAGAGCCAGCAGGUGUUGACCGUUCAUUCCAGCAUCACAGAAGCUCGAGCCAACAUGGACGCCAUGAAAAGCAUCGCACAGGGGUGGGCGGAGCUUGACCUUCUGCAGCGUUCAGGUGAUUCUCUGCUGGAGAGCAGCGUUAACGAUCACAACUGCAGAGGCAUCAAGGCAGACGGGGAGCAGCUGCUCAGCCUGACACAGGUAAACAGGCGCCUGUACGGAGCUGAUGAGGCUUCUGAGGCCUGGACCGGGUACCUGGACUACAUCGACGACCGAGUCCAGGACGGCCUGCUGCAGCUGCUGCACAGAGCCCUGCGCUUCCUGACCAACAGCAUGAACACACAGCAGAGCGGUGGCGCCGCCCUGCUGGCCGUCUCUCUGCAACUGCGGGACUCCAGAGGACUCGUGUUUGAGCCGUCGAUAGACGACGGCCCCGCCGCCUUCCUGAAAACCAUCAUCAGGGAUGUUUACGGCGCCGGCGCUCUGGUUCCCAGGAUCUCCGUCGGUCGCCAUGGUGACUACCAAGAGAGCCUGCGGCAGAACCCGGAGCUGUGUGCUCUGGAACAGGAAGUGAUGACAAGGCUGCUGCAGGUGAAGGAGGAGGCAAAGAAGCUGAGGGCGGGGCUGGACAGGUACGCUCACCUGUGGCUCAGUGACAAGCAGGCCGUGUUCCAGGAGUUCCUGACCUACGGAAAGCCGCUGGCAGUCGGGGAGGUCGAGGCUGACCAGAACCCGCCCAGCCUGAAGGACUUCCAGAGAGAGAUCCAGGUACUGCUGACCGUCAGCUCAGAGGUGACUCACCUGGACGAGGGCGUGGUCCUGCAGGGCUGGCUGCAGGUGGACAUGCGUCCCUUCAUCACCUGCCUGCUGUCCAUCAUCCUGGACUGGAAAGACAUGUACACCGACUUCCUGCUGGAGUCGGCCACCAACAGCCUCCAGCAGGCGACCCAACCCAAAGACCGAGGCUCCGCCUCCUUCGACCUGACGGACACCAUCCUGCUGCUGGAGGCCGCCGGGGUGGAGCUGCCCGAACACCUGGCCGCCAAGCUGCAGUGAGCGACGCUCUGCAGCACCUGACGUUCCUCCAGCAGCCACCAGGGGGCGACGCAGAGACUCAAUAAAAACAUAAACCUGAUCUCCGUUUACCUCUGCAGACCGGACUGGGGUGGAGGAGCAACAACACUGGUUGUACUGGGAACCAGUGGAACAAAUGAAACCAGUAGAACCAAUAGAACCAAUAGUACCAGUGGAACCAGUAGAACCAAUAGAACCAGUAGGACCAAUAGAACAAAUAGAACCAGUGGAACCAGU